AUGGCGCUCCAUGAAUCACCGUACGCUCUCAAUGCCAUCGCCGACCAUGGAGCAGCCGUAUGGUCCGUUUCUAAGAAAAGCUCUCUCCCGCCAGCUUCCGUGUCGACAUUUCGAUUCCUCAAACGGGUGCUGGCUUCUCCGGAUGUAAACGCCGUGCCAGCGUUAGGACCGCCGUUGCCAUUUGCCGCAGGCCGUCGAACGUUUGGUCACCAGAGGUAUAUCCUCGUCUCUUCUCAUUUUCGUACUCAUCGAGUCCCUCCGAGUGUUACUCCAUCCAUCGUUAGAUCAGCCUCAUUCUUUACGACAUACACCCUCUUGAUCAUGCCCGCUUUCCAAACCGUUGUGCUCCUCCUUGGUGUUACCGGAGCCAGCAUCCUUCAGGCCAACGCUCACCAGCCCUUCAUGCCCGUGGCUCUACGACCAAUCCAACUGCUCCAAACACUGCGCAGUGCGCCUCUGAAGCAGAUAUUCUUAGCUGCUCAGACAAGCCCGACUCCUGGUGGACUCAUUCUGCAAACGCAGUUUUGGGAUACGUACACUGGCCUCGAGUCCCAAGGGAAGCUUCUUCCCAAGGGUAACUGGACUAUCCAUGGGCUCUGGCCGGAUAAUUGCGACGGAAGCUGGGAAUCUUAUUGUGACUUUGAGAGGCAGUAUGACGAGGAUCCAAGUCCCAAACAGGUCCGUGGAAAGACCGUUCCGCCUUACUCUGGCCCCGGCGUAGACACCUUUAUUACGGACUUUGGGCGCAAUGACCUCCUGAGGUUCAUGAAGAAAUUCUGGGUUUCAAAAGGCAGCUCUGAUGCGAGCUUCUGGGCCCAUGAGUUCUCCAAGCACGGCACCUGCUUCUCGACCUUUGACACGAAAUGCUACGACAACUACAAGCCACACGAGGAUGUCAUCAACUUUUUUGACACUGUCUCGCAGGCUUACCUCAAAUAUCCAACUUACAAAUGGCUUGAAGCUGCAAACAUUGUACCAUCCAACUCGACGACUUACACGCUCAAGGAUAUGGAAAGCGCACUCGAAUCGGCCAGUGGCGCGCUUCCUUACCUCGGAUGUCGUGGAAAUGUGCUCUCCGAGGUCUGGUACUACUCGCACGCCAAGGGCAUGGUCCAGGAUCUCCAGCUAACUCCGGUCAAAUCCACAACUAAAUCAAAGUGCCCCGCAACUGGAAUCCGGUAUCCCCAACGCUCGAGUGGAUCCGAGCAAGCUUAG